AGUACUGUGCAGAGUCCAUGUUGUUACAACUUCCGGCUGAAAGACGAUAAAUGUAUCAGUUUUCGAAGGAAUGUCUGAGGCAAAAGAGGUGGACAAUUUUUGUCAGCGCCAGGACUUUGCCAUAAAAAAGCCCUAGUUGCCUUUUUCUACGUACCUUUUCUAAAGGCAGUUGGACAGAGACGCAGAAAACUGUGAAAACAAUCGUUAUAUCGAAGCUAAGCACUGUUAUGCCUACAACAUAUGUAUUUUGUUCUGGUCUUCAAUACACACUCUCAGCAACUGACCUUCACCUUAUAACAACAUAUAACUAGUGAUCCCAGUGUCUACCAAAAAAAAAAAGAAAAAAAGAUCGAAGACAUUUGAACUUUCAAUUAUGAAUACCUUAAGUUGUAUUAUAAUGCUCUCCCUUUUUUAUUGAGCUUCGUAACAUCAAGUAAAGUAUAACACCGUGCUCCCACUUCUUAACCACGUAUAGAUCACAAUUCAAAAAUAAUAAUAAUGAAAGGUGAAGAUAACGAACAGUGAUCAAUGUCAUAACUCGUAUAAGCAAUACAAAAUAGAGAGUUGGGCAAACACAGACUCCUGGACACACCAGAAGUGGAAUCUGGUGUCUAGGAGAAGUAAGCAUCCCAUAAUUUGUCCAAUCCAAAAAAUAAAUAAUAAUUGCACUCUUUAUAUGUAAAUAAAAUCAACGUCAAUUACAACUGUUAAAUUAAAGGAAUAACAUUACCAAAUAGUGUUUUGACAGUGACCCAUGAAAAUAUUUACUUGCAAUUGCCGAUUUCACACUCAUUUGGGUAUUUACAUCCCUAUUUGCAUGCACUGGUAGGUGAAAUAUAACAUUCGGGAUAUUUGUCAACAUCGAAAUAAAUGUAUGUGGUGAAUGAAUUACGCCCCUUAAAGCUGAGGUUUUAAAACUAUUUAACACUAUUUUCACUUUCAGUUGAUCGAAGAAGGUCGCAUAUGACGUCGCUAUCACGUGACUAUACCUAACUAAAUAACGAGUUGAUAUCGGGGCUUAGAUUUAAAUCCGUAUUGCGGAUAAUUAUAGCAAUAUUUCGGCGAACGAACUAUUAGAAUUAAGAUUACUAUAAGCAUAAGAAAGACAACAUGCAUAUGAUUUUGUAUACUUUGGAAACAUGCGAUGUGUCCUUUAAUGGUAAGAGUAAAACGCAACUGCAUACUAAUCAAGCUACCGAGGCAAUAAUCAAGCUACAAUCAAGAUACACUAAUUAAACUACCUGUACCGAGGGAAAGGAUAUUUCAUCUUUUGCGUGACUUGUGACUUUCACUUUUAAUGCUAGGUGCUUAGGUAAAGAACAAUCACUGCCUAUAUUUAACGAUUAUUGAUCCCGGCUAGCAUGAAUGGUGAACAUAGUGAUCUUAUAACUCCUAUAGGUAGUGAUAUGUAGUCGCUAUUCCUUCACACAGCGCCCGGUAUUAGAAGUAAAGAUCACGAGUACCUCGGAUAUGACCUUAACGGAAGUCCUACUUAAUCUCUUACGCAACCACGAGAUUGAGAAUCGAACCUGGGCCUCUAGGUUGCGAAUUAAGCGCCCUAACCACUGGGCUAGUACUGUAUCGCAACAGGUAGCGCAGGUAAUGGAACAAUCGUCAACCAAUAUAUUCCGUACAAUCCAAUAUUACAGAACAAUAAAAUAUAAACACAGGGUACAGGUAGUGUAAUACAAGAUAAACCUAAAUAUUCACCAUUAAUACGUAAGCAUUCGUUAUGAAUGGGUUUACUGUAUAUUAAAUGUAAUUAUAUCCCAUUGUCUACUUAGAAUGCUCUCCAGGAUAUUUCGGAAUCGACUGUAUGUUGACAUGCCCCGAUGGACAGUACGGACAUUCCUGCCUACAAAGGUGCACUACAUGCAAAAGAACCGAUUGUCAUCAUGUUUAUGGCUGCAAUACAACAGAAUCUUCAACCUUAAUAUUAUCUUCCAUAAAAAUCCAGACAACUUUAUCACCGUUUACACGGGAGAAGAUUGACAUUUCUAGUGCAAGCCUUACACAGUCCAGCCUAAUAACUACUACAUCGGCGAUGGUUGAGAAAAAUAUGUCUAACAAUAUUAUUCUAGUAGUGGGCUGUGCCAUAACAUUAUGUUUAGUAAUUAUUAUCAUUCAAGGUGUACAUAAACAAAUCUUGAAAUCCAAACGGAAAAGACGCUCGACUGUCAAACAGGAAGAAAUGGCUGAAAUAUACUCCGAAAUUGAGGACAGAGCUUUCGUCGGCAGGCCUAAUGUCGUAAAUAGACAUGAAGAGAAAUCUACAAAUGACAGGAACAAAUACAAUGUAUUAAUAAAUUGUGAAUCAGAGUUACCUGGACGCGGAUAUCAGGAAAUCAAUGAAAUCCCAGAAAUAUCUGAUAGGGCCGACGUGAAAUCCCAAGGAGCCACCGAUUCCGACAGUAACGGGGAAUCCUAUUUAGAGCCGAAUGAACAAGGAUCCGCCCACACCUAUACCAAGGUCAUAGAUUCUGAUGACGAACGAACCAGUCCCUCUUCAACAGUUGGAUGUGAAAACUAUUUGGACCCUGUACUUGAAGUAACUCCGCGAAUGCAUGCACAUUUGUGUAAGCCUGUUCUGUCUGAUUACAGCGAAAACUCUGAACAGUAUCAGGACACAGCCUUGCCCCUUGGCUAUGGGCGAGGAAGUCGGAAUGAUCAAAAUGGACAUACAUCCGACAGAGCAAACGUGUUAUACCUUGAUGUAACUAACUCUUGACAAAUUUUGAAAAGCGAUAUCAUCGCCUCAUGCUUAGGUUUAUCAUAUUCAAUUAGAUGUACAUUGUAGACAUUGUAGAUAUAUUGUAUAUUAUAAACUCAACCCUAAU